AUGCACGUGCUUUGGACCUGCCUUGCUGCAAAUGACAUAUGGGUUGAACCAGAAAGUAUUGUUCAUAAGUGGAGCAGAAAAGAAGAAGACUUUAUGGGGUUAUGGGAAAGAAUGAUGCAGAAUUUGAAUAAGAACCAAAUGGAGGAGGUAGCUAUGAUACUCAGAAGAGUGUGGUUGCAUAGAAAUACCUUUAUUUUUGAAAAAAAGAUACUAUGUCCUAAAGGAGUAAUAAGGUCAACAAAGGAAGCUUUAUUAGAAUACCAGAAUGCCCAGGUCCCUCAAGCUUUGGAAAAACAAGUCCAAAGGCCUGCUAGAGAGAAUCAGAAAUGGGAAAAACCAGUGGGUGGUUUUGUAAAAGUGAACUGGGAUGCUGCCUUAGUAACAAAAAAUGAAAAAAUGGGAGUUGGCAUAGUUAUAAGGGAUGAAGAGGGAGACCCGAUGGUGGCUGUAUGCGAUCAACAGAGUCAUGUGGAAGACCCCAUGGUGGCAGAGUGCUUAGCUCUGCGUAAAGCUCUAGAAUUAUGCAUUGAUCUUAACAUCAAGCAGGCUAUAUUUGAAGGGGAUGCAAAAACUGUUAUUAUGGCAGUUAAUAGGGAAGAAGAGGAAAUGUCAUGCAUUGGUUCUGUGAUUGAAGAUUUACCUACGGUACGAUUUCUUGGUAUCAUAGAUUUUGAUGCAGAUGUAGAUGCAGAGCUUGAGGAUGCGGCUUUGCCAGAGGAGUGA